AUUAAACAUAAAAUUGUAACAAACAACACUAUAUUUUUAUCUUAUAAAUAAACAAAUUCGUAUUUAUAUUUAUCAUUGUCUAGAAGGAACAAAAUAAUAUUGGGUAAUUGGUAUACUUUUUUAGUUAUACAAAUCACAAUUUGCUAGUAUUCGUUUUGUAAGACUGUCUGUAGACGUUAGUGCUUAUUGAGUUGUUGCUUAGGUUGGUGUUUUUAGUAUAUAAUUCCUGUACACUUGCAACGCAUCAAGUGCAUUUCUUGCACCCAGCAUGGCAAAUGAUAACAAAAUGACAACAAACAGCAAAUUUGUUCUACCGGUAAGCAGUGAUGACAAUUUGAGUGUACUGUCGGUGAUCUACAGAUUUUUUAAGAAGGUCACGAUAGUAGGUGCAGUAUACUUGGUUGGUUAUAUGCAAUGGAGCGUAGCAUGGUUGAUUGGUCCCGUUGUAUUAUCGGUGAUGCGAGAUCAGUGGCGAAAGGAAAGCGAAUAUCGUCGAAAUUUGGCGAAAACCGCCGCGCUGUCUUCAGAGAAAGAUGUCGUACUAGCACGACUUGAUGAUCUUCCGGCAUGGGUGUUCUUUCCGGACGUAGAAAGAGCAGAAUGGCUUAACAGGAUUCUUCUACAAGUGUGGCCCAACGUUAACCAUUACGCAAGAACUCUUCUCAAGGACUCCAUAGAACCAGCAGUAGCCGAGAGUUUGGCUAACUAUAAGUUAAACGGAUUUAAGUUUGAGCGAAUGAUUCUUGGUACCAUUGCGCCGCGCGUCGGAGGCGUCAAAGUUUACGAUAAGAACCUUUCUAGAGAUGAAAUCAUCAUGGAUGUAGACUUAUUUUAUGCUGGUGAUUGUGAUAUUUCAUUCGUCCUUCAACGCAUUAGAGGAGGCAUUAAAGAUCUUCAGAUCCAUGGCAUGGUGCGUGUGGUGAUGAAGCCGCUGAUCACGAAGAUGCCGCUGGUGGGGGGGCUGCAAGUGUUCUUCCUCAACAAUCCGUCCAUCGACUUCAACCUCGUCGGCGCCGCUGAUGUUCUAGACAUGCCUGGCUUUAGUGACAUUUUACGACGAUGCAUUGUGGAGCAAAUAGCAAAUAUGAUGGUUCUACCAAACAAAUUGCCUAUCAAAUUGAGCGACGAAAUUCCAACCGUUGACCUGCGCAUGCCCGAACCUGAAGGUGUACUUCGUAUUCACCUGGUGCAAGCUCAGAACCUAAUGAAGAAAGAUGUGUCGAUGUUGGGUAAAGGUAAAUCGGAUCCUUACGCCAUAAUAACAGUUGGCGCGCAGCAGUGGAAGACCAAACACAUCGACAACAACAUCAACCCUCGCUGGGAGUACUGGUGCGAGGCGAUUAUAAGCUCAAGAAAGAGCCAGAUGCUGCAGUGCGAGUUGUGGGACUGGGACCCGGGGAUGGGCAUUCAGAACGAUGACUAUCUCGGCAGAUGCUCUUUAGAUAUUUCACAAGUUGUGCGCGCGGGUCGUUUGGAUACGUGGCAAACACUCCAGCAGGCAAAGACCGGCAAAGUGCAUUUGCGAUUAUCUUGGCACCGAUUUUCCACUGAUUUGGCCGACCUUAGCCACGCUCUUACUGAAACUCAACUUGUGAAGAAUGCAGAGCUGAGUUCAGCAGUUGUAUCAGUUUACAUAGACUCGUGCAAGAAUUUACCAAAUGCGCGAGCGCAGUCCCGACCCGAUCCAUACUUGACGGUGACUGUGGGCAAGAAGACUGAGAACACUGCAGUACAGAUGCGUACCGACAGCCCUGUAUACGAAAUAGGAUAUUCUUUCCUCGUUCAGAAUCCUGAAAUCAAUGUUCUGGAAAUAAAGGUUAUAGAUCAGAAGACCGGCAGUUCACUCGGCCAGCUAACCUAUGGAAUCUCUUCAUUAUUGAAACAAAAAAAUCUUACAAUGUUGAGUCAACCACUGAACUUGCAAAAAUCUGGACCCGAAUCAAAAAUUAUUAUUGCAGCACAACUAAAGAUCCUAAAAGAGGCUAUAAGAGAGGAGGAUAUCGAUGAAGAGAUUGCGUCGGUCGCUUCGAGCGAGCCCGAGCCCGAGCCGGGCGCGACCACAGACAACUCUGUAAACCCACCACCAGUUCCAUCCUCGAACACGGAUCUUAAGGACUUAGUAGAUGCAGCUCCAACAAUAAACCAAACCGAUAAUGUAUCUGAAAAAUCGAUACCCGUUGAACAAAUCAUAAAAGAAGUCGACGUACCUCAAGAGAGCCAAAUUCAGCCGGAACCCGAAUCACCAAAGCUAAUCCAUAGAACUUCUUCUUUGACAACGUCCGCCGGUGAAGCUGGUCUGGGUCGUAUCUUAUUGUCCCUUCGCUAUAGUAUGCAAAAUCAAAUUCUCUAUGUUGUUGUACACAAAAUUAUGAAUAUACCUCUUAAGGAUCCUACCAAUGUGCCUGACCCAUAUGUAAAGUUGUAUUUACUACCCGGACGAUCCAAGGAUUCUAAGCGGAAGACUGCCGUGGUAAAAGACAAUUGCAUGCCCGAAUAUGACGAACAGUUCGAGUGGGCCAUCCCGCUAGCCGAGUUGCAUUCGCGCCAGCUCGAAGUGACCGUCGCCACGCACAAGGGUUUCCUCGGUGGGAGCCCCAUCAUCGGACAGGUAAUCGUGCAACUGAAUCAGUACGACAUCCGUGAAGCCAAAACAUUGUGGUUUGAUCUUUUGCCUGAAUCAUCACCGCGAGAGUAAACAUUUAGCAGUUAGAUUAGCAUUUAGCUUAAAAUUUAUUAUUAUGUCAAAGCUUAUGCUAAGCCAUAUUUAAAUGAUCUGACAUAACUUUUUUUAAAUGUAUUUUGUUAUAUUACCGCUAGUGUACAUGAAAAAAACAAAAUCGGAAACAUUGUACAAAACUUAUUUUUACAAAUUAUGUUACGACGAUAGUACGAGUGAACACACGCAUACACUUUAUUUUUUUCAAUAAUGGGUCAAUUUUGAAAACACCAUCCAAACAAAGUAAUAAGCUAAACAUAGUAAUGCAAUGCGUAGGGUUGGCAAAAAUAUGCUGAAUAAGAAUCGAUUUUAUAUGGAACAACACUAAGCAUAACACUUUCGGUACACUAUAUACAAGUGUUAUGUAUUUGUUAUGACAUCUAUAGAAGAUUAUUAUACAGAAAGUGUUAUAGAAUAAAGGUGGAAAACUUAAGAACGAAGAAGUUUAUGAAUGUAAUAUUAUCACUACCAGAUUAUUUAAUUGAUCAUUUGUGACCAAUAAAAUUUAAAUAGGGCCCUUAACAUCUGGUUUUGUUUUUAUUCAAAUAACACAUGUUACCAAAAUAUGAUUUCAGUUUGCAUUUGUUAUGUUGUUGUUUAGUUAAGAUUUGUUCCAUCUUAAGAAUGUUCUACAUGUAAUAAUUUCAUUUUACAUGUAU